AAACUUUUAAAAUGCGAUCUAAAAAAUAUUUUAUUUUGAAACUCAUAUACGAAUUUAAUACAAUGUCAAACGAUUUUCUUUUUUUUAAAACCAUACGCAUCUAAUUAAAAUCUCAUACGAAUUUUUUGUUAAACUCGUACGAAUUUAACUCAUACGAAUUUAAUUUAAAACUCAUACGAAUUUAAUUUAAAACUCAUACGAAUUUAAUUUAAAACUCAUACGAAUUUAAUUUAAAACUCAUACGAAUUUAAUUUAAAACUCAUACGAAUUUAAUUUAAAACUCAUACGAAUUUAAUUAAAAACUCAUACGAAUUUUAUACGAAUUUAGAAAAAUUUCAUACGAAUUUAAUUACUGUAUGGCAAAAGAAAAUUCGUAUAGCAUAUACGAUUUUUUUUGAUACGAAUUGCUACGAAUUUUGUAGAUGACCCCUAAGUCAAUAUAAUAUAUCUAAUUUUGGGGCUGAGCUAAUUUAAAGUAUAUAGCCAAUAGAUAUCAAUUAUAAUAAUAUAGAUAGAUAGACGGAAAGAUGUGCAUAUGUGACAUACAGAGUGUGGUUUCUAUACGGAGUAAUACUCUGUAUAGCUGCUAUACAGAGUUUGGUUUAGCUAUACGGAGUCUGCCAACGAAUGUUCUUAAAGUGGAAAUAUUGCAAUAUAUGACUGUUUAAAACUAUUUCCGAAAAAAAAUAAAAAAAAAAUCACCAUAAAGAACAAGUCAAAAAGACAAGCACGUCAUUUUCCUACUUUUUAUCCAUCGUAAAGGAAUUUAUUUAAACAUACCAGGUAUAUUGUAGUUAUACGGAGUGUGGGAACAUUAGUUUGAUUGCAAUAAAAGGAUUAUGGAAUACAGAUUAUGAGAUACCGAGAGUAUGUUAUGCAGAAUUCGCUAUGGGGAGUAUGCAGAAUUUGCUAUAAGGAGUAUGCCAUACGGAAUAUCCUAUACGGACUAUGUCAUACAGAGUAUUCUAUACGGAGUAUGCCAUACGGACUGUGACAUGCUUCAUAUACGAAUGCUUCAGCAUGCAGGAUACAAUCCUUCUAAAAAGACAUUAGAAAAGUAUUGGGGUCCAAGUAUUGAUUCGUAUGAUUUCAAUCAGUUUUGCUCAAUUGUGAAGCAAGAGAAAAAGCCAACAAAGAAGGAUCUCUUAAAAGCUUUUCAAAAGAUAGAUCGUAAUGGAGAUGGCUAUAUUACACAUGACGAGUUAUUCCAAGUGCUAACCAAGCGUGGUGAAAGAAUGACGAAGUCAGAAGUUAAAAUGAUGAUUGAAGAUGCCGAUUUUAAUGGUGAUGGAAAGUUAGAUUAUGAAGAAUUCUGUGACAUGAUGGAUGCUACAUCAAAACAAUGUCGCCAGUUUUAUGCUACUGAUGUAAAACCCGAUCAAAAACAAAGCUUUGGUAAAAAGGCAAGCUUAAAUGAUGUUGUUCCUCCGCAGAGGGGGAAACCACAUCGAAAUUUAUCUAAUGUUAAGGAAGAAAAAAGAAGUAGCGUGAUGCAGGAUGAAAGAGGGAGUGAAAAGAAAACAUCUCGAUCAUCCAUAACAUCAAAACUUUCAGCAAAAGAACAAAAAAAGAAUGAUGAAGCUAAGGAUGAAAUAAAGAGAAAUGUUGCUCAGAAAUUAAAACAUGAACCUCAAGAUCUCAAUAGAUGGCAGUUUCAUUCCACAAAAGGAUGUUUUUACAAAGAAGACAAUGGCAAGAUAGAAAGUCACCACUAUCAAAUGAAAAUCACUCAACCGACAACUGUGUGGAUUACCAUUAAACCCGCUCCUCCCAAAUAUGGUAAGUUCAAUGAUGAGAUUUUGGACAGUGAUAUGAUGCUUUUCCUUGUGGAUGAAUCACACGGGAACAAACUUGUUGCCUUCACCAAUUCAUUAAUCAAUGGAAAAUAUUGCCUCCAAGCCGAUGUCAACAUUGGAGUAUACAACUUGUUGUCAUUCUCAUCUGGAAAUAAACUUUACGCAGAAGAAUCAGACAGUGGACAAGUUAGUUUAGUGAAAGGACGUGGUGAAGAUGCGAAGCUGACAAAACCAUGCAGGGAUACGUUGAUGGAAAUUUUUUAUCGUUGUGAUCUUGAUGGAAAUGGAUACUUAAGCCAAGAAGAAUUUAAUGAAUUUCAAAUGAGGGCGAGCGGAGAAGGUUGCGAUGAUGAAGCUUGGGAUGUUGUCAAAGAAACAAUUGAAGUUACUCCACAGUUUGAGAUCACACCAAAUGGAUUUAUGAAUUUGAAUCUUAUGGAAGCACGUGAUCCAGACGGGGGCCAAGACGAACUGUGGAUUACUAUCGAAAGUAUGGGUUACACUAGAAAAUUGCAGUUGACAAAGGCUUGCCCGUUUCAAGUGGAAGUAUACACAAAGCGUGGAAAAAAUGAUAUCACUUUACUUGGCGUUAGUGACGGUGGUGCACCAUUGCAAAAUGCUUUGAUGGAAUCAAUAAAAGCUGUCUCAACUGUGACGCAGAUAAGAAGCAAGAGAGAUUUAUUGUUGCACAUUGCGCAAUUUGAAAAUCGUAUUUCUGUGGCUGUUGACAACCAGUCUCACAGCAUUGUUGGUAUACAAGUGGAUUGCAAAGGAAGUGAGAAUUUAAUAAGUAAUCAGGGAAGUUUGGAAAAUGUUGAAGAUAUUGAUCCCAAAAGCAUGACGAUUAUACAUCAUCUCACGCCAGAACGAAAAAAUGAAGCGAUGUCACUGAAGUACCAAGAAAGUGUAAUACGAUAAUCCGAACGUGCUGGAUGAAUAUAUCUGUCAUUAUGUACGAAGUUGUAACUUCAUGAAGUCUCCGCCUAAAUGUAGAUUGUUUUAAAAAUUCUGCUCCGUUGUAACACUAUUUUUGAACCAAUUUUUCGCACUGGUUAUGAAAUAUAUAAAGUAUAAGUUUAUUAGCCUGACGCUCAAUGCAAGUUAUUAGUGUAAGAACGUCAAUGUGUUCCUCUCACAUAUUGUAGUGAACAAACAUGAUGCGACAUUGAUACAUAAAGUGUGCAUGCGAUACGAUGUUAUAUAUGCCUAUUUCUUAGUGUAGGGCAUAUACGAAACUGCAUAUAUUGGCUGAAUGUAUGCAUGUCUCAUCGUAAACAUAUUAAAUAGGUUUACUCCAGUCUAUGUGUUUUAGGAAUACCCGUUACUUCAUUUAUUAAUCUCUCCGUAACUCGACGUUUUACCAUAGCGCUGAUGAUGUCACUUUAAUUUUUCAGCGAGAUUCUUGUUUCAAUUCUUCCUACUUCGUAUUUUGAUGGGGUAUUAUAUGAAGUGCUAGCACUGUGUACAUGUACGUUAUUCUAAUUUUUUAUUUAUUUAAUUAUUUCUGAAAUAUUACUCAGUUUUUUGAAGCAACACGAA